AGUACAGGCCAAGAGUUUGGAAACUGACAAUUAUUCCUGAGGCAAAACCAUUGGAGAGGUAAAACAGUUCAGUAGGAGCUUUGAAAACAAAAUACAGGGGUCAGACUCGUACAAUUAUGACAACCAAUACGCUCCUUUUGGCUUUAGGUAUCCUAUUUGGAGCUUUAUCAAUCGGAAACUGCAAUAAAUGCUACGUGUGUUCAGAUCCUAAUUGUGGUCCAUUAAGCAAUGACGACAAAGCCAAUAUAGAUAAUUGUGAGUUCGGAUGUGUCAAACUAAAGUUUGAUGCUGGAAAUGGAGUUACAUAUAAGAGAAUGUGUGGCGACGCACCCUACGACGUGAGGUGUAUGUGGACACAUGAAAUUGUUGAUCAGAGGGUUGUCUCCGAGAUUUGCUAUUGCAAUGAUGACUAUUGUAACAGCGCCACCUUUCUGUCUUCUACCGUACUAAUGACUGCAUCGUCAUUGAUAAUUACACUGAUGCGUGUUCUGUAGAGCAAUUUCAUUUGAUCAUGUCCAUGGCCUGGUGGUUUCUUUAGGCUCACCUUCAUAAAAACAUUUUUGGAAAAAUUAUAUCUGCACAUUUUAUUUUCUGGAACAAAAUAAAACAUGAAGACAUGGGUGUACUUCCCUUUUUUCUGGAAAGCAUCCUUGUUGCAUCUUGUGUUUUAUAUGAAUUAAAAUUGAAGACAACCCGGUGUUGUUGAGAAACUUUGGGAAGAAGUUAUGAAAAUUGAAAAAGCUACCAUUGACUUCUUACCAGAUUUACCAAAACAUACAAAGGAAGACAAUGUAAUGAUAAGUUCCUGAAAAAGCAAUGUAAUGCACUCAUGCAUUCUUUCUUUAUUCUGCACCAGAAAAUAGUCUGGGCUGGUAUAGAAAUUUAUUCAACAUUUUUUUCUUGAACCACCACCUUUUAAAAUCAAUGGCUUUAAAACAAAAAAGUUACACGUGAAUUUACGCACUAGGACUGUCGAUAGAUGGCCUAAUAAUCUGUCGGUUGGAUUGUAUUUAGAUAUUACUCAAGUACUUCAAAAUUCUUAAAAACUUCAGUCUCAGCUUCAGGUCGCAGUCAGUUUAA